AUGCUAAAGAAAUACCACACGGUGGUGACUGAGUUUAUUCUGCUGGGACUGAUAUAUCGAGCGGAGCUGCAGCCUGUCCUUUUUGUGGUGUUCUUAGUCAUCUACCUCAUCACAGUAACUGGCAAUGGGACCAUGAUUUUCUUAAUCAGAGCUGACUCAAAACUUCACACCCCAAUGUACUUCUUCCUCAGCCACCUGUCCUUUGUAGAUCUCUGUUAUGCCACCACUGUUGCCCCUCAGAUGCUGGUUAACUUCUUGUCUAAGAGAAAAACCAUUUCCCUCAUUGGCUGCUUUAUACAAUUUCACUUUCUGAUUGCCCUGGUGACCACAGAUUAUUAUAUUCUUGCAGUGAUGGCCUAUGACCGCUACAUGGCCAUCUGCAAGCCCUUGUUAUAUGGUAGCAAGAUGUCCAGGCGUGUGUGUCUCUCUCUUGUGGUGGCUACUUAUGUUUAUGGCUUUGCAAAUGGUCUGGCCCAGACCAUCCUGAUGCUUCCUCUGUCCUUCUGUGUCAAAGAGACUGCCAUGUUCGUGGUGGCUGGGUCCAACCUCACCUGCUCCCUCACCAUCAUCCUCAUCUCCUAUGUUUUCAUCUUUGCUGCCAUUCUUUGAAUCCGCUCUGCUGAGGGCAGGCAGAAAGCCUUCUCUACUUGUGGGUCCCACCUGAUGGCCGUCACAGURUUUUAUGGAACAUUGUUCUGCAUGUACCUGAGGCCCCCUUCUGAGACAUCUAUAGAACAGGGGAAAAUUGUGGCUGUGUUUUAUGUCUUUGUGAGUCCCAUGUUAAACCCUAUGAUCUAUAGCCUGAGGAACAAAGAUGUUAAAAUGGCAAUAAGGAAAGUUAUCAAGAAGGAAUUCUUUGCAUUGUAA